CCGGGCCGUGGCGGCGCCUCAGCGCUGCGCUCUGCCCCGCGCAGGUGGUGGCGCGGGUGCGGCUCGCGGUGACUCCCCCGGGCCGGGGCGGCGGCGGGCGCUGAGCCCUCAGCCCGGAUGGAAACUGGGGGUGAUGCUAGAGCGGCACCUCGGCGGGGCAGCAGAGGUGGCGGCCGUGGCGGGGUUCCGGUGGCUGCCGAGCCCGGCGCUCCCCCGGCCGCGGAGACCGGCGUGAAUAUGGAUGGGCCCGGCGGCAGGGGGAGCGGGGCAGCCGCGGACACGGACGCUGCUGCAGCGCCGGCGGCCCCCGGGGCCCCCGCCCGCCCGCCGGCCCGCGGCCCCGGGUCCAGGGACCCCAAGCUGGUCCAUCAGCGGUUCCUGCGGAGGAGCGUGGUGGACUCGGACCAGGAGGAGCCUGCCUUCGACCUGCCCGAGGCGGAGCACCAGCGGAGAAUCAUCCUGCUCCCCAAAACCAGGAGGAUAAUCGCGGAGCGGGCGAAGACGGGUCAGGACGCGGCGGGCCGGGAGGCCGAGUGCUCCGGGGAGCCGCGGGCAUCGCCGGCCGCGGGCAGCGCCGCGGGUGCCGAGGAGCAGAAGGAGCCAGGCAAGGAUGCGGAGCGGAGAGAGGCGCAGGAUGCUGCCAAGGACCAGGGCAAGGCUAAGAAAGAGGAGCCUGAGGAGGAGGCUGAUAUGAAAGCUGUUGCCACCUCGCCGGACGGCAGGUUCCUGAAGUUUGAUAUUGAACUCGGGCGAGGAUCCUUCAAAACGGUCUACAAGGGUCUGGACACGGAGACGUGGGUGGAAGUCGCGUGGUGUGAACUGCAGGACAGAAAACUCACAAAAGUAGAGAGGCAGAGAUUUAAAGAGGAAGCAGAAAUGUUGAAAGGUCUACAGCACCCAAACAUCGUGAGGUUUUAUGACUUCUGGGAAUCCUGUGCAAAAGGCAAAAGAUGCAUUGUGCUGGUUACCGAGCUGAUGACCUCUGGAACGCUGAAGACGUACCUGAAGAGGUUUAAAGUGAUGAAACCUAAAGUCCUGCGGAGUUGGUGUCGGCAAAUCCUGAAGGGUCUUCUUUUCUUACAUACAAGAACUCCACCAAUAAUUCACAGAGACUUGAAAUGUGAUAAUAUUUUUAUUACUGGACCAACUGGAUCUGUGAAAAUAGGAGACUUGGGUCUGGCAACACUCAAAAGAGCUUCAUUUGCCAAAAGUGUCAUAGGAACUCCAGAAUUCAUGGCCCCGGAAAUGUAUGAGGAACACUAUGAUGAAUCUGUGGAUGUCUACGCGUUUGGAAUGUGCAUGCUGGAAAUGGCUACCUCAGAAUACCCUUACUCAGAAUGCCAGAAUGCUGCUCAAAUCUACCGAAAAGUAACCUGUGGUAUAAAGCCAGCAAGCUUUGAGAAAGUUACUGAUCCUGAAAUUAAGGAGAUAAUUGGGGAGUGCAUCUGCAAAAACAAAGAAGAAAGAUAUGAAAUUAAAGAUUUAUUAAGCCAUGCCUUUUUUGCUGAAGAUACUGGGGUAAGAGUGGAACUUGCGGAGGAAGACCAUGGUAGGAAAUCCUCUAUUGCCUUAAGACUCUGGGUAGAAGAUCCUAAGAAACUGAAAGGAAAACCCAAAGAUAAUGGAGCCAUUGAGUUUACUUUUGAUCUGGAAAAGGAAACUCCUGAUGAUGUUGCACAAGAAAUGAUUGACUCGGGGUUUUUCCACGAGAAUGAUCUCAAGAUCGUGGCCAAGUCCAUCCGUGACCGAGUGGCGCUGAUCCUCUGGAGGAGGGAGCGCAUCUGGCCCAGGAUGCAGUCAGAGGAGCGCCGCGACUCGGAGUGCCUGGACAAGCUGAAGGCGCCGCACGCACAGCAGGUCCAAGUCACCUACCUGUCCCACACAGGCCACCACAUCCUGUCGGAGCCUGAGGAGCCAGAGGCGGACCAGCACCCCUUCCAGCAGAACCUGCCCACCAGCGUCACCUCUGUUGCCUCUGACAGCACAUUUGACAGUGGCCAGGGCUCCACGGUUUAUUCAGACUCACAGAGCAGCCAGCAAAGCGUCAUCUACUCGUCCCUGCCAGACACUGUCCCUCCUGCCAUCCAGAGGGUGUACAGCCCCCCCCUGAGUGAGGGCCAGCCUGUGCCCCACAGCCUCCCCCAGCUCAGCCACUACCAGCAGCCCUCAGCACCUGUCCUGCCCACGGUGCCAGCCACGCCUGCCGUGGUGCCCCAGCACUACCAGGAGCCAGCGAUGCCAUUCCCCGUGGUCCCCAGCACCGUGGCCUCACUCCCGCUGGGGCAGCCGCCGCCGCCACCCGUGCUGGCCGGCCAGCAGCAGCAGCCCAUGUCGCAGGCAACCUCCCUGCAGCAGGUGCUCAGCAGCCAGCCUGUGUGCCCACUGCCGCCAGCCCCCCACCUGCUGCCGCCCUUCCCGGCGCAGGGCUCACAGGUGCCUGCUAGCAGCACCCCCCUGAAGCCCCUGCAGAUCUCCACUGUGCCACAGCUCCCGCCCGCAGCCCCUUCCCAGAUUCCUCAGUUUCCUGUCAUUCCUGCAAUUACUCCUCUGGCAGGACUUGACAGCCUUCCUCCAAAUCUGUCUGACAUCCCUGCUGCAAACGUGCCCCCCAUUCCUGCUCCCUCCCAGUACUUUGCUCCAGCCGUGAUCCUGCCCAGCCUGCCCAUGAACCCCACGCUGCCCAUGGCGCCUAACUCUCCUGCCCUGCCCAUGCAGGCUGUCAACCUGCCUCACACCACCGUGGCUUCUCUGGUCCUGCCCUGCCAGCCCAUCGUUCCAAACAUGCCGGCAGCCACCAUUCCGCUGCUGGCGGUGGCGCCACCGGGGGUGCCGCCGCUACCGCCACAGCCCGUGUUCCAGCCCGCCUUCCAGCCGCUGCUGCCCAGCGACACGCCCUCGCCACACCACGCGCCGAGCUCCCAGCCCAUGUCCCAGCCACAGCCACCUCCUCCAGCCCUGCAGCCCAGCAUGAUCCACCCUCCUGAGCCGGCUCACCAGCCUGUGCCUGGACACACUCAGUUUGCUCUGGAAGCUGGAGCCCAGGUGCCUGUGCUGCAAGUGCAACCCUCCAUGGUCAUGUCACCGCCGUUGCAGCUGCAGCCGGAGCUGGUGCCACCCUGCGUCGCUCCCGAAGGCGUUCCCCAGGUCCAUGGCAGCCUUGCCACAGCUGCCCCAUCCGCCCCCAUAGAGCCUGGCCUGCCUCUCCAGCCCUCUGCUCUGCUGCAGCUUCAGCCUGAUCUUUCCCAGCCACUGGGCCAGCAGCUCCCAGCUCCCUGCUUGGCUGUCACGGCAGGCACAGAGACAUCUCAAGAGGAGCAGGCAAUACAGGACAAACUCCAGGCUCUGUCCCAGAGUUGCGAAAGCUACAUGAGUCCAGAUGUUGCUUCUGGUAAAGAGAUGAGUGACAGCUUGGAAGGAGCAACAGGAAGUGGAAAGCAAGAAGGAAAGUCUUCAAAGAAGCAUAAGAAAUCCACGCGUGCUCGUUCGCGCCAGGAGAAGUCCAACAGACCCAAACUGACCAUAUUAAAUGUGUGUAACACAGGGGAUAAGAUGGUGGAGUGCCAGCUUGAAACCCAUAACCACAAAAUGGUGACGUUCAAAUUUGACUUGGAUGGUGAUGCGCCAGAGGAAAUUGCUACUUACAUGGUGGAGAAUGAAUUCAUCUUGCAAAGUGAAAAAGAGACUUUUAUUGAGCAAAUGAAGGAUAUCAUUGAUAAAGCAGAAGAUAUGCUCAGUGAGGAUACAGAAGGAGAGCGAAGUUCUGACCAGGGAGCAAGUCCCCAACAAGAUGCAGAUAGGCUAGAAAUAAGCGAGGAGAAGCGUCAGUCUCAAAUGAAGACACCUGUGUAUCAGCAAAAUGUUUUGCAUACUGGAAAAAGGUGGUUUAUUAUAUGUCCAGUGGUGGAAAACCCUACUACAGAUGCCCCUGAGUUUUCUCCCCCAGUGCCUCCCAGUGCCCAGCAGACAGAAGGGCCAGACCCGGAGCAGUCAGAUGACCAGCCGGUGAGCUCUGCAGUGACAGAGGCACCUGGGCUCGGGGCUGACCAGCAGCUUCCCCUGCACACAGGGGUCAGUGACAGCCCCCUUGGAGUCACCCCGUCCUUGGCACCAGCUCCUGUUGCAGCAGUUCCUGCCAGCAUAGCAAGCCAGCCAGAGUUCCCAGCUCCAGCCCUGCUGGCAUCUGGCCCGAGCAUCGCAGAGCCUGCAAUGGCCAGCAGGGCUCAGCCAGAGUACCCCCAGCCCGGCCCCAUAACCCGAGCCGUGGGGCUGGAGGAGCCCCCCGAGGCCCUGGCCCCGCACCUGCAGCCACAGGCGGACGAGCCGGCGUGCGUGCCCGAUGUGGAGAUUGCCUGUUGCAGCGUGGGGCCGCCCGCGGCCGUGCCGGCAGCUCUGGGGCCGCUGCCUGUGCUUCCAGACGCCGCAGUGCUGGAGCGGCAGCCGGUGCCGCAGGGGCCACACCUGCUGGAGGGCGGCCAGCCCGGUGCGGGACUCUUCGGCAUCCAGCCCUUCCCUGCGGCUGCCGGCCCUGACACCCUGGGCUUGGUGGGGUCCCAGCUCCAGAGCCCCACGCAGGUGCCGCUGGCCACGUCCCAGCAGCUGCCGAUGGCACAGGGUAGCACGGGGAUGGCUGGGGCAGGGGUCAGCCUGCUCCAGCAGCAGAACCCCCCUGGCACCGCCGAGUCCGAUGGUGAGGGCCCCCCCAGGGUGGACUUCGUGGACAACACGAUUAAAAGCCUUGAUGAGAAGCUUCGCAAUUUGCUGUACCAGGAAUAUGUUCCAACUUCUUCAGCAUCAGCAGGGACGCCGGACACCUCUGUGCCACUCGAACAGGGUGAUAGUGAAUUUACCUUAUCCCCUUUUCCUGAAGAGCAAGUUCCUGCCCCAGCGUUGGAUGGGAGAGAACCAGCCUAUAGCAUCCCGGACACCGGCCAGGAGGUGAAAGCUGCUGCUGAGCCGCUGGUGCCCCUCGUGCCCUUGGAGAUCUUGCCUUGCCCACCUCUGUUGAACAAGCUGGAAAUCACUGGUGUGAGUGCUCAUCCCUCAGAGGCAAGAGGUCCAGCCACAAGCAUUGCUUCAGCUCCUGCUGCUCCAGCAAAAGGCCUCCUUCAGGUUGCACCUCUGUCAUCAGGCACAGCACCACAGAUGGAGACUUUCCAGAGGAGCAAGGAGGCAGAGAGGACAACUUCGCCCGCACACGCAGAGAGCGUAAUGCGGCAAGCGACAGCAGAUGGGGCAAUGAGUAACUUCCACAGGGAAGGCUCUCCGGGCUCUGUUUCCUAUGAAAAACAGGCUGAGGCUCAGGAGAGUGGCAUGCCAGCCAAAACCAUUGGCAGGUUUUCAGUCAUCAGCACGCAGGAUGAAUUAACUUUAGCGGCACCACACUGCUUGAGGUUCUCAGCCCCCCCGGACGUGUACCUGGACGAGCUGCCCUCCAGCCCGGACAUGAAGGCUGCUGUCCGCAGGGUCCAGACGGCCUCUUCUGUGGAUGUCCUGUGUGACCAGGCCUCGAGCGACUCUGCCGAUGAGCCCUUCCCGCGGCAGCCCGCAGCUGCUGCGGCUGCACAGCUCUCCCCCCCGAGCAGCAGCACAGCCACGGAUUUAAUCAAAAAAGCAGCUGCUUUUCUGCAGAGGUCUGCCAAAGUUGGCUCCCCUGGCCCAGAGUCGCCCAAUGGGCAAGGUGCGAAGAUUCCUACCAUCAACAUCACGUCCUUCCACUCACAGUCGUCCUAUAUGAGCAGUGACAAUGACUCAGAGUUUGAAGAUGCUGAUAUGAAGAAAGAAUUGCAGAACCUGAGAGAAAAGCAUAUGAAAGAGAUUGCUGAGCUGCAGACGCAGCAGAAGAACGAGAUAGAGGCACUGUAUAUUCGCCUGGGGAAACCCCUUCCUCCCAACCUGGGCUUCCUUCACUCUGCCCCACCAAGCAGCCGGCGACGAAGAACCAGCAAAAACAAAUUGAAAGCUGGAAAACUCUUAAACCCUCUGGUCCAGCAGCUAAGGAGCGGAACAUCAAGCACAAGUUACCUUUCAGACUCUAAAGACUCGCCCCACAAAGAAAGCAGUAACUCGCAGCCGGGCUUCCCCGAAGCCGCCGCGGUGCCUCCCGGUGCAGCCCCCGCCUUUGGCAAGGCUGUGCAGACCCAGCAGCCCUGCUCUGUCAAAGCCUCUCUGUCAUCUGACAUCUGCUCUGGCCUGGGCCCCGAUGCAGCCGACGCCAACACAGGCUCUGGCCAAGGCUGGACGGUUUUCCACCAAACGUCUGAGAGAGUGACCUAUAAAUCUAGUAGCAAACCUCGUACCAGAUUCCUCAGUGGACCUGUGUCUUUGUCCAUCUGGUCCACCUUGAAACGACUAUGUCUAGGCAAAGAUCACAGUAGUAGAUCCUCGACCAACAGCCUGGUGACAUGUCCUGAGCCUCUCCCACAGUCAACACUACAGGUUCAGGCCAACAACAGUAACAACAAGAAAGGGACGUUCACAGAUGACCUGCACAAGCUGGUGGACCAGUGGACGAGCAAAACUGUUGGAGCUGCGCAAACAAAACCUUCUUUAAACCAACUGAAGCAGAACCAAAAAAGGCAAGACAUGGAGCCAAAGGCUAACCCCAUGCAAACGCAGAAUGAGACAUGUGGAGUAAGUUCAGUAAGGACAGGACUGGGGAGCAAGUGCCCUGUUCCAGUGGCUUGCCCCAUGCCCACAGGAUUAGCUCCUGGAGCUGUGCCAUCCCUGCCAGUGCCCGUGCCAGGGCCUGCCCUGGCUGGCGCAGUGACACCGUACGUGAUGCCUCUCUGUCAGUACGGAGCAGUGUUCCCUUCGCCCGUGUAUGGAGUGCCAUGGCCGGGGCCGGUGGCACAGCCGGGACUGGUCCGAGGGCCCAGCAUUGUGCGCUUCUCGCCGCUGGGCCGGAGCUGCCUGCGGAUGUACCCGGUGCCGCUGCAGCACCCGGCCCGGCCAGCCAGCCCACGGCUGCGCAUGACCUAGCAUGGGGACCCUGCCACGGGGACCUUGAUGUGGGUGACC